CCGGUGUCAAUGCAUCUGCCUGGGAGCUCCUGUUUCAGGUUUUUAAAUACAAACUGUGCUGGAGAAUAGAGGCACCAGUAUUAAGAAGGAGCACCAAGCAUGUCGCCUUACUUCCUCAAAGGCUGGUAGUACCAAAGGCUCACGGUUGGUCUGGAUUGCUGCAAGGGUGUUGGCAGCAAUGUCUGUGCAAGAAAAAAACACCACCAAAUAACAGCAUUUUCCAGAUGACUUCUGAGAAGUGUCAGGCAAGUCUGCAUUACUCCCUGGGACUUUGCACACCUCUGUUCCAGCCCCUCAGCUUCGUCAGAGCCAUCCUCCUUCCAAAGGUGCUGGUGUCCACGAAGAAGGCUGCACUGGAUCUCCAGCAUGACCGCAGCUAUCCUUACCUGUCCCCGCUGACUCUCUGGUGAGGAGCUGCUCUGCUCACUGGGUAAGCUUGACUGCCAGGUCUGUCCCACAUCCUGCACCAGCUCCUCACUUGGGGGACAAUCUGGCCACAAGUCCUUAGAAAGUUUCUCCAGUGCUCCUCUCCUCGUUACAGCUUGUGGCUGUACCUGAUGGGUGGAAGCCACCACCUGCAGCCUUCAAUCUGUUUGAACAGAGACUUCUGGAGACUGUUUGGGCCCAGGAUGGGAGGAAAGUGCGGCUUCUGGGAGAGACCUGACAGUGCCUGAGGUGGCUUGUCUGCGUGAGUUGGAAGGGUGCUGUGGAGCAGUUUCCAUCUGCAAGUUGUUCACUGCUUACGCUGCUUACGCAUCAACAAUGACUAUGAGAUACUGAAAGUAAGGACAGCCGCUGGACACUACACAUCAGAUUGACACAUGCGUUCUGCAGCAGGAAGCAAGUGCAGCCAGCAAAACAAGCUGUGGUGUCUGACCUGACCACUUUCAGAUAUUUCAAGUGAGAAUCUUUUUCUGAGCAGCAAUGGAUAUGCUCAGAUAUUGCUUCUUUGCUGUCCUGAUUCUCAGUGUUUCAAUUCCAUUUGUUUUCUAUGCUGUUAAUUUGCAUGCACAAAAAUCUCUUCGGAGGCUGAACUUCUCGGUGAGCUCAACUUUAGCAGAAGCCUGUGAAGCCCUUAUUGAAGAUAAGGCGUCCUUUCUGAAGGAAAACACUUUAAAGACAUCAUUCAGAGAAUCCAGUUGCACGGAGUACAUUGCGCAGAACCACUACAUCACCCGCGCUCUCUCAGCCGAGGAGGCCGCUUUCCCCAUCGCCUACGUCAUGACCCUGCACAAGGAGUUCGAGACCUUUGAGCGGCUCUUCAGGGCGGUGUACAUGCCCCAAAAUGUCUACUGCGUCCAUGUGGAUGCCAAGGCGCCGGUCCCUUUCCGUCAGGCGGUGCAGCGCCUGGUGGGCUGCUUCCCCAACGCCUUCCUCGCCUCCCGGGCGGAGCGGGUGGUCUAUGGCGGCAUCUCCCGCCUGCGAGCCGACCUCCACUGCAUGAGGGACCUGGUGGCCUCGGACGUGCCCUGGCGCUACCUGCUCAACACCUGCGGGCAGGACUUCCCCUUGAAGACCAACCGGGAGAUCGUCCGGAUGCUGAAGGGCCUCGGUGGGAAGAACAUCACCCCUGGGGUGCUGCCACCUCCCCACAUCACCAGACGCACCAGAUAUGUGCACAGGGAGCAAUUAUACCCUUUUUUUUCUUUCAUGCUGUGGACGUUUGUGCGCAAGGCACCCCCGCCGCACAACCUGACCAUCUACUUUGGCUCUGCCUAUGUGGCCGUCACGCGGCCCUUUGUGGAGUUUGUGCUGCGGGACCAGCGUGCCAUCGAUCUGCUGGCCUGGUCUGAGGACACCUACAGCCCUGACGAGCACUUCUGGGUGACGCUCAACAGGAUCCCGGGUGUCCCGGGCUCCAUGCCCAAUGCAUCAUGGGAAGGUGACCUGAAAGCAGUGAAGUGGAUUGAUAUGGAAGAAAGCCAUGGAGGCUGUCAUGGCCGUUAUGUCAGAGGCAUUUGUAUAUAUGGAACAGGUGACCUCAAGUGGCUUUUUAACUCCACCUAUAUGUUUGCAAAUAAGUUCGAGCUCAGAACAUACCCCCUGACUGUGGAGUGCCUGGAGCUGAGACAUCGGCAGAGAACCUUGUCCCAGAGCGAGGUUCAGGUGGAACCCAACUGGUAUUUUUAGCUAGCCAAACCCCAGGCUACAUCAUCAAAGAAAGUGGUCGAGAGAAUAUCAGCAGUAGUUUAAAUCUCUGCUGUGCCAGAAGCAUAAACUCAUGAGACGGGUUUCUUUAGGAUGUUCUGUGGAUGCAGCUCUGGUCCACUUGUCUCACACUGCCUGCAAACCUCUUCCUCCACUUAAGACCUGGAGGUCAAAGUGUGAGAGAUCCAAAAGAGACACCAGGUCAAAACUCCUCUUGCAGCUGGAGGAGUUUUGCACUUUUGCCAUUUUUAAUGGGCUGUUUUUCAGCCCCAACUUUGGUCUUGCUAUGCUGUCAUUGCUGUCUUUUUCCAUAAAAAUAUAAACAGAGUCAUGUAUCCCUGGUAUUUCUCAUAUCCAAAAGACAAGUGUACGCAUUCAGUAAGCAAAAAGGUAAUGAGUCACAGGCAGCAAGAUCUUAAAAACAGGAACACAACUUCUGGCUAUGCAUACAGAUAUUGUUUUGUCAAAGACACUGAUAUUUAUUGCAGAGAACUGACGGAAAAGUACUGGAAAUGGAAUAAAG